CAAUUUCAUUUUGGUCAAAUACCUACUUCUUCUGUCAAUGGGGACUAAUAAAGAUAAAGACCUAAUAGGUAUAUCUAUUUUUAUAAUUUCAGAAUGGCUUCCAAGAACAACAACAUAUCUGUUUCCAACUUCCUGGUGUUACAAUUAGUCUUUAUGGUGAUUCUAUUUGUGUCCCAGAGCCCCAUUUCUGAGAACACGUUCGACUGGGUCCUACUUGUUGCCCGAAACCUAGUAUACCUGUUAACAGCACGCGUUCUGCAAGAGGCGUGUGUGGUGGCUUACGACAGCUUCUCCAGCAAGAGGCUGAUGCUGAGCAAGUUGUCGGAGCACUGGGUGGCGGGGGCCGUGCUCGUGACGUCAUCGGCGGUGCUGCUGGCCGCGGGCCGCACGCCCCUCGGGGCUGACUUCCCUCAGCUUUAUACUGCGUAUCUGGUGUGCCAGCUCCUCAUCAUGGGCAAACAAUUGCAGGGGCAGCAACCGGCGCCGACCAUAAACUACGGACGAGGUAUGGCCUGCAGUUUCUUCGAGGGGUACCUGUCCCUGAUCAUCCCGAGCGACGGCGCGAAGUUCCAGAACUUCGUCGAGAAGAUCCAGAAGCUUGAAGAUCAGCAGGGCGUGGUGUUCCCGGUAAAGAAGUUGCUGCUGGUUGUCACCAAGUCGCUGCGCUGUCCACCCGACUUGAAUGAGUUCAACGAACCCAACCGCCAUGAUCUGCCGCAAAUAAAGGCCUGCAGGGGUCCAGAGGAGGUGAAGAAGGACGUGGCGGGCGUGAAGGCGCGGCGCUACCGCAACACGGCGUACAAGAUCUGGUGGGCGGGGGGCGCGCGCCCGCCCGUCUACAUCACGGCCGAGUGCGCCACGCCGCUGCACACGCUCUACGGCGUGCUGCAGAAGCGGAACCUCUACGAAGAGCUGUGCGACGUGGACGUGCAGCAGCUGGUGGAUGAUUUCUGCUCGCAACUGCAAACCGUGCUGGCACGCAGCCCCGACUGCCGCGGGAAGUGCGAGUUCGUCUUUUUCGAUGACACAGACCCGAAUCAGUACCUGCCACAGUUGUUAUUGGACAAGGUCGCAGAACUGGAGCCGCGCUACCAGGAGAUCAUCGCGCGCCACGCUGCUGAUAGGGCGGAUAGGCCCGAGCCCAAAGAUGUUGAGUAGCUCUUAAACCUUCUAGAACAGGAGUUCCCAAACUUACACCCACCAAAUCAAAGAUUAGUUAUGUAAAGAAAAAAAUAUAAUCGCGGAACUCUGGUUACUUUUCUACGGAAGCCACUUGAAGAAUCGCUGCAUUUUAUUAUAUUAAGACAUAGACACAUAAUAUUAAAACAUAGGCUAUGUGAUCCAGCCGGUUUUGGCUGUGGCGUCUGCUUCAACUCCGACGUUCGUCAAGGCUAUGCAAUGUAUAGGUACAGAUACAUACUAAUAUUAUAAAUACAAAACAAAAAAACGUUGUACAGUCAUGAACCCGCUUUAGAACCCUGUCGCACUAUCAUGUUUGACAUUUAAUAAGACUUACGGUUUAAUUUGUCGAAAAAGUUACUAUGACAUGGUAUCAAAGCAUAUUAGUACUCGUGACCGUACGUGUAUACCUCACCUUUCCUAAAAGUUGCAGAAAAAAAAAUAGUGUGAAGCUUGGGUAGUGCAAAGGUAACUCCCGUCAUUUAUCUGAGGCUGAAAUAGAAUCAACAGUAAUACUACAGGGUGUUUGUUAUACAGGAUGUUUGUUAUACAGGGUGUUAGUGACAUCGUAACGAAAACUUUAAGGGAGGAUUGGGCCCAGGAUUCCGAUUUGAUAUCAAGUGGAAUUUACCCCAGAGUCAUGGUCUGAAUUAUCCCCCUCAGUAUUCGUUACGAAUAGUUACUUAACGUUAAGGCGUUAGCCUUUCUUUUUGUAAGUACUAUAAAAAAGAUUUCGCGAGUUUUAUGACGUAGGUGAUGUUGUUAAUGUUUAUUGCGUUUUCAACUUAAUGUUAAACAUGUUUAAAACAUAAAUUACUACGUUUUUGUAAGACUAAGUCUUUCUAGUUUUAAGAAUGAAACUUUGUAUUUUUUUAUAAAUUGUUAAUUAUUUGAAACCAGUUAAUAAUAAUUGGUUAAUUAAGGCCAGUGAGUGCGGUUACUCCACCGACAAGAGCGCAGCUCUUAUAUAUAGAGAGAGAGAGAAGGCCAGUGAUGUGAUAUA